AUGUCACGCCCAUCGUCCACCUCGACGUACUCUGGCACCAAUGCAUUUCCCAAACAGGCAGGCACUGCCCUACUAUCACCGGAGAAUGUCGGAGAGCAACUCUCGCCCUCGCCCUCGCAAUUCUCUUUUGCAUCGUCGCCACAGUCAGUUCAAAAUAUCGAGGUUGACUCUCAUGACCGCGCUCGUAGUCCUGUCGUCGAUGGAGUUGGCCCUUUACGGCCCGUGACCUCCCGUUCGCGUGCGCAGUUCUACGAGGACCAAUUCUCAUACAAGGACAGCAUUGCGUCGUCGGCUCGCGAGCGUGUGACCAAGGAUGCGCCCAUUGUAGCCGAGCUGCGGACAAACGUUAUCAUCAAGGACGAAUACACCCUGGUUACCGACCUCUCGCACCACCUCUCGACGCGCUACCAAAGGCCAGAAGCCUCCAUCAUGAUAACGGUCAACCAUUCGGCGUGUCUGCUCCUCGGUGGAUCCUUUGAGCCCACCUACAUGCUCACCAUCAAUGCUCUGCCAGUGCAAUUGCAGCCCACGACCAACAAGCGCAAUGCCUCUCUGAUUCAAACAUUCAUGGCCGAGUCCAUCGGCGUGUCGCCAGAUCGCGGCGUAGUCAAAUUCGUUCCCAUCCCCGAAGAGAGCCUCGCCAUGAACGGCAUGACCGUCUUGGGCGAGAUCGAGCGCUUGGAGCGACAGCAAGCCGACGAGACUGGCAGCAACAUCAAGCGUGCCAUGACUAAGAGCUCGCGCAAAUCCGCACAAAAAGCAAAGAGUAGCAAUAUGCUCUCUCGUGGUCUGUCUAAAGCUGACCAUGGUGCAAGACCAGCCGUCACCUCCAAGGUUUCUCAUGAUGCAUCCCGCGAUUCCGGAAUAGCUGUCAACGAAAAGAUUGACGACAGCAGAAUUGUGAGCAAGAAGUCUGAGCCAUUGCUCUCCAAGUUCGGCAGGAAGCCCUCUACCUCACACCCGGCGCCGCCACCUGUUCCUGCCGACAGGCCUGUCACCCCAGGAGUCAGCAAACGCAAGAGCUUCAUGAACGUCUUCCGCAGAUGA